AAGGGCAAAAUCGUAAACAACCAGCAAUUCGCUCUCUUAUAUAAACCCAGCAUUUCGCUGGAAAACCCUAUAUCAUCGAUUGGCGGUUGUGACUCUCCUGUGCCUCGGCUCUCUCUCUCUCUCUAGGGUUUUAGCACUUCCUCCAGGUUCAAGUUGAUAUUUCGUUAUGGGCAAGGAAAAGUUUCAUAUCAACAUUGUGGUUAUUGGCCAUGUUGACUCUGGGAAGUCGACCACCACUGGUCAUUUGAUCUACAAGCUUGGGGGUAUUGACAAGCGUGUGAUUGAGAGGUUCGAGAAGGAGGCUGCUGAGAUGAACAAGCGUUCAUUCAAGUAUGCUUGGGUGCUUGACAAGCUUAAGGCUGAGCGUGAAAGGGGUAUUACUAUUGACAUUGCUCUCUGGAAGUUUGAGACCACCAAGUACUACUGCACUGUCAUUGAUGCUCCUGGACAUCGUGACUUCAUCAAGAACAUGAUUACUGGAACUUCCCAGGCUGAUUGUGCUGUCCUCAUUAUUGACUCUACCACUGGAGGUUUUGAGGCUGGUAUCUCUAAGGAUGGUCAGACCCGUGAGCAUGCUCUCCUUGCUUUCACCCUUGGUGUUAGGCAAAUGAUUUGUUGCUGCAACAAGAUGGAUGCGACCAGUCCUAAGUACUCGAAGGCAAGGUAUGAUGAAAUCGUGAAGGAAGUGUCAUCCUAUCUGAAGAAGAUUGGAUACAACCCAGAAAAAAUUGCUUUUGUUCCCAUCUCUGGAUUUGAGGGUGACAACAUGAUUGAGAGGUCCACCAACCUCGACUGGUACAAGGGUCCAACCCUUCUUGAGGCCCUUGACCUGAUCAACGAGCCCAAGAGGCCCUUCGACAAGCCCCUCCGACUUCCACUUCAGGAUGUCUACAAGAUUGGAGGUAUUGGAACUGUCCCUGUUGGACGUGUUGAGACUGGUAUUAUCAAGCCUGGUAUGGUUGUGACUUUUGGUCCCACUGGAUUGACCACUGAAGUUAAGUCUGUGGAGAUGCACCACGAGGCUCUCCAGGAGGCUCUUCCCGGUGACAAUGUUGGCUUCAACGUCAAGAACGUUGCAGUCAAGGAUCUCAAGCGUGGGUAUGUUGCUUCAAACUCCAAGGAAGAUCCAGCUAAGGAAGCAGCUAACUUCACCGCCCAGGUAAUCAUCAUGAAUCACCCUGGCCAGAUUGGAAACGGUUAUGCUCCUGUGCUUGAUUGCCACACCUCUCACAUUGCUGUCAAGUUCAAUGAGAUUUUGACCAAGAUUGACAGACGUUCUGGCAAGGAGCUAGAGAAGGAGCCCAAGUUUUUGAAGAAUGGUGACGCAGGGUUUGUUAAGAUGAUUCCCACCAAGCCCAUGGUCGUUGAAACUUUCUCUGAGUAUCCCCCACUUGGUCGUUUUGCUGUGAGGGACAUGCGCCAGACAGUUGCUGUGGGAGUCAUCAAGGCUGUGGAGAAGAAGGAUCCCAGCGGAGCCAAGGUUACCAAGUCUGCGGUCAAGAAGAAGUGAAUUGUGCGCUUUGCAGGUGCAAGUGAAGGCCAUCUUCAGUGUGGUUAUAAUAAAGCAUGGGUGGUUGCUACUAGUAUUUUCAGUUGGUCUUUAGUUGUCGUCUUUGUCAGUCAUAGGCUCAAGUUUCCUCCGUCUUCGUGUGGCUGUUCGCAGAAUUGGGUGCUUGAUAGGCGGUGGCGAGCUUACUUGUGUUUUUUCUAGUUCUGUUCUGUUGUCCUAGCUAUGUUCUGUGACUAUCUUUUUAAGCAGCUUUCACAUGCUGCCUGGAUAUUGUUUACUUAUAUAAUAUGGACUUAAUAUUGUGUCA